AUGACCAGAGUUCUUCUUACCGGAGGCAGUGGCUUCAUUGCUACGCAUAUUCUGAAGCUUCUUCUUGAACGCGGACACUCUGUGGUCACAAGCGUCCGCAACCAAGCCAAAGCAGACGCUAUCAAGCAGUCAUAUCCUGAAAUCGCAGCCGACAAAUUGUCCUUCGUCAUUGUUCCCGAUGUGGCUAAGAGCGAUGCAUUCACCGAUGCCGUCAAAUCUGACCCACCAUUUGAGGCGGUCAUUCAUACUGCAAGUCCCUUUCACUUCAACGUGACUGACAUCAAGGCGGACCUCCUUGAUCCCGCUAUCAACGGAACAACCGGUAUCCUCCAAGCUAUCAAGCAAAAUGCCUCGUCGGUUAAGCGCGUGGUCAUCACGUCAUCCUUCGGUUCCAUGAUGGACAUUUCCAAGGGGCUAUGGCCCGGUCACACUUAUGACGAGAGUGACUGGAACCCCAUCACGAUGGAACAGGCGUUACAGAGCGCUGGCGCUGGUUACUCUGCAAGCAAGAAGUUUGCUGAAAAGGCAGCUUGGGACUUCCUCGAGGCCGAGUCUCCUGCGUUUUCCAUUUCCACAAUCUUACCACCCCUCGUCUUUGGUCCUGCUGUGCAGAGCCUGGCUUCCCUUGAUGCCCUCAACACCUCAAACCAAUUUAUCCGCAGCUUCAUUCUUGGCGCGGCGAAAAAGGAAAUUCCUCCCACUCAGAACCCCAUCUUCGCCGAUGUACGAGAUGUGGCAUUUGCUCAUGUAGCGGCCAUGGAGAAGAAGGAGGCUGGCAACAAACGCUUCUUUAUCACGAACGGCUACUGCUCAAACCGUGAGAUUAUUGAAAUCAUCCGAAAGCGCUUCCCGGAAUACAAGUCAGCUUUGCCUUCCAAAUGCACUAAGGGCGGUGAACUGCCCAAGGAGGUUUACCAAACGAACACCACACGCAGCGUCGAGAUUCUGGGCAUGAAGUACGCGGAUUUCGAACAUUGUGUUAUUGACACCAUUAGAUCUUUUGCCUCCGUCAAGCAGUAG